AUGAUUCUUAAUCAGCUCCAAGAACAACUUACCUCGGUUACUGCUCGCGUCAACGAACAUGAUGGUCUUCUUGCUCGUUUAGAUACUCUGGAAAAAGAGAAUUCAGAGUUGAAAAAACUUUUACAGGACAAGGACCUUGCAAUUCAAAAAUUGCAGGGUGCAGUCUCCGCUAAGCAAGCUAAGAAGCGUCUUGCUAUUGGUCGCGCCUUUACAACUGCUGCUCGUAAAGGUCCUCAAGGUUACCAAUAUGUUUAUAUUGGUAGAUCUAAGAAGAUUGCACGCUCUGAAGUUCGCUCUCUCUUGCGCAAAGCCGGCGUUGAUUUGGGUCGUGUGCUUGACAUCUGUUUCCCAGCAUCCGAUGUUAUUGGCAUCCUGGUGCAUGUGCAAUAUGUUCAGGAUUUUACUGCACUUUUGGAGGCUUGUGAGGCUGAAUUCUUCUUCGACUUUGACCCUUUGGACCCUGCUAACAUAGCUGAUCCUAAGUAUGACUCUUUGACUCUGGAUCAACGUACUGCUUUGAUCAUGGAAUUUACUGCUGCUCGGUGUCUGCAAACCUUAGCUUUCCUACGUCCUCUGAAUGUCAGUGGUGUUGGUAAGUACUUUGUUGAGCAAGGCUGGAUUUGUGACGAAGACCUUUCUGUUUCUGUUGGUGAUGCCAUUCAACGCUUUGCAAAGAAGGAACCCAAGAGGGCUAACUUCUUGUUCCGUCGCAAGAUUAAUGCUGACUCUGCCAAUGAAGAUUCUGCUAUGGAACAAUAA